GUAUUCCGACCUUGACGGUGUCUCGGUGUUUCGGGCCUCGAAAUCGGGCCGGGCCGGGCAGACAGACGCAGUUUGCUCGGUCGCUUCUCAGGGAGAGGAUUAAUUGGGCGGCGAUUGACGAGAGGAACGCGUUGCACCGCGGCGGCGACCUUGCUCGUUCACCAUCUUGUCCGAUUGGCCGGUUAAUUAGCGGGCGUGCACGUGUUUGGUGACUCGUUGGUGGAGAAUUUGUGAAACAGUGCGCGUUGUAUCAGUGCUCGUUUAUAUAUAUAUAUAUAUAUAGGUUUUUUUCGAAGGAGCCUUCUCGAAUGAGAUCUCGAUCGCGUUGUACUUACAUAUAGUAUUAACCGCGCGAUACGAGAAAUAUCUGGAUGAUCUGACGUUUUACCGUACCGUACGUGUGAUUUAUUCCGUUUGAACGAGCGUUGGAUACAAUCGUAUCCGACGAAGAUCGCAAUUUGUAUCCAUUACUGCGAGCGGAUAGCGGGGAAUCAACAUCGUCUACGGUCUGUGACGCGCGAUAGAGAAACGUGUUGAUCGAUAAUUGAUAGAUAAUUCGAAUUAUUGUAAUCCGAAUGGAAUCGUGGGUGAACGUGUCAAGGAUGAGCGAAGCGUUCGAAGGAUGAGAAUCGGUUGUCUCGAUCGCGAGUGCACCGCGUGUGAAGAUAAGGGACGUGGCCAGUACGCGGUGGCAACUUUCACGGAUGAAACGAGCGUAGUAGUAUUACGUCAGUAGGCAACAAAGCGUGUUUUGAUAUAGAGGUCGGACAAGCGUGUCGUCGUGCGUAUGCGUGUGCGUGUGCGUGUGUACGUGUGCGUGUGGUGCGCAGUUGGAGAAGAGAGGAGAGGCUCGAAGGAAUUGAUAUUUGGGUUUACUGCCGAUCCAUUCCGGAGGGAACCGCGGCGAACAUCGUUAUUGAAAUAAUGAAGAGAGAAGCUGAUGCAGGCGCUAUGACAGGUUCUGGAGGACCGACAAGUCCUCACAAGCGUUACAGACAGGGUGACGAUGAACUUCGUCUUCUGAUCCCCAGCAAGGUAGCCGGUUCGAUAAUCGGCAAGGGUGGCCAGAAUAUCACCAAACUGAGGAGUCAGUACAAAGCCUCAAUCAUUGUACCCGAUUGCCCCGGACCCGAACGGGUGCUUACCAUCAGCUCGGAUCUGCCCACCGUACUCCAAGUGUUGAACGAGGUCGUACCUAAUCUCGAGGAGGUGAGUGUUGCUACCAGAAGAGGAUCACACGGGAAAAGAAAUGACUCAAUCAACGGGUCUCGACACGGGAGCGACGAGAUCGACGUGCGCAUGCUGGUGCAUCAGAGCCAAGCCGGAUGCAUAAUCGGCAAGGGAGGUUUAAAGAUCAAGGAGCUUCGCGAGAAAACUGGGGCAAGGAUCAAGAUUUAUUCUCACUGCUGUCCUCAUAGCACUGACCGGCUGAUCAGCAUCUGCGGAAAACCGACCACGUGCAUCGAGUGCAUUCGCGAGCUGAUUGCUACUAUUAAAACCUCGCCUCUGAAGGGAGUGAACAACCCUUACGAUCCGCACAACUUCGACGAUUAUUACGCGGACGACUACGGCGGCUAUGGGACCGGCGACGGUGGCCAAGGGAAAGGGGGUGGCUUUGGGGGCCCUGGAGGGCGCGGUGGUGGCGGAGGCGGCGGCGGCGGCGGAGGUAUGCCACCUCGACGCGACAACCGCGCCGGGCCGGGCGACAUGAAUCGCGGGUUCCCGCCACCGCCGAGAGGUGGGCCGCGCGGAGGAGGCGGCGGAGGCGGUGGCAUGUCUGGCGGGCCACCUGAUCGUGGCUACGGAGGCAAUUCUCGCGGAGGAGGCGGCGGUGGAGGAUACGAAGGCGGACGAGGCGGAUACGGUGGCAAUAGGGGUGGCCCGCCCCCAUAUGCCGCUGGAAAUUACAAUGGUGAUGGAUGGGGUAUGCAAGGAGGCGCGCCAAACGGUUUGGGUGGCGGUGCUAACUCGGGAAUGAGCGGCCCACCUAUGGGUGGCAAUAAUCAAGGAAAUCAGGGCAACAUGGGUGGAAAGACCACUACUCAAGUCACCAUUCCUAAAGACCUUGCUGGGGCAAUUAUCGGCAAGGGAGGCGCCAGAAUUCGAAAAGUAAGAUCAGAUAGCGGUGCUGGAAUUACUAUAGACGAACCGUUGUCUGGCAGUAACGAUCGCAUUAUCACUAUAACCGGAUUACCCAGUCAGAUACAAAUGGCUCAGUACCUGCUUCAGCAGAGCGUGCACGAGAAUGCAGACCAUUAUUAGGACGUGGUGUAAAGAGGAAGCAUUCGGGGGGAGCCAAAGAUGCGUUUAUAAUUUUUUUAGGGAUACUUCUUCGCGCGGAAAGUGGAGACCGAUUAAAAGCGACGAGAACUUUUUCAUCGAGAGAGAAAAAAAAAAAAAA